AUGACCGUGCGGGCUAUCGCUCUCCACUACAAGACCCUCCCUGUUAGAUUGACUGUGCAUAAUCCAAUCUACCGCAUACCAAGUUAUGGUAUGCAAUCGCAGCGCAAGCAUUUGAUAGUCCUUGGAGCUUGGCCAUCACAGGUCUUAGAUAAGACUAUGAGACAGGCCUACCAGCAUUCGACUUUCGCUCCUAAGGCCGCCGUAUUGGACCCAUAUACUGGGCAGAUCCUUGGAAAUGUAAUCAUACCCAACAUACGGAAUUUAUCUGCCGCCACCCUGGCUCCAUCAGAUCCACUCGAACGACAGCCGCUCCUGCAACAAGCCUCUUCACGACCAGGUAUUUCAAGAUUAUCACUCGCUUCUGAGGACAGACGUCAUUGGAGCGGGGGUCUUGAAUCCUACGAGGCGACUGCCUCAAGCAGCCGAGAGCACAGCUUCUUAAAGCCUGUUGUAACUUCUACCAUAUUUCAUUCAAGUGAUGAAGGAUCCUACUUUCCCGCUGCAAUCAUGGAGAAGCUUAAAAGUUCCAAAGUCGCUUAUUGGUCGAACAAGUUUGCUGUAGAGAGCGAGCCUGGCCUUACUACUGCACAGCUCAUGCUGUUCAACGAUGAUCUUAAACCUGUUAUUCCAGAACUACGCAAAUGGUCCGCUAGAAAUUUCGUUUUCUUCUGGAUUGCUGAUUCCUUUAACAUCAACACAUGGAUGAUAUCCUCUGCCAACAUCGUUGAUGGCCUAUCCUGGUGGCAGUCUUGGAUAUGUGUCUGGUUUGGCUACAGUAUUGCGGAAAUGUUUCUCGUCAACAGAGCUUCAUUCGGGAUCUGGGGAGCGCUGUGGCCUGUCUUUAAUCGCGCGACGAUGGCAUGCAUUUGGUAUGGUGUGCAAGCCUGGAUUGGAGGGCAAUGUGUUUACCUGAUGAUUCGUGCGAUAUGGAAUAGCUGGCGUGAUACCGCAACCACAGGCCCAGGUGGUAUCUCAAACGGAAUUCCAAACUCAGGGACUAACACUGUACUCUUCGUAUUCUUCUUCCUUUUCUGGCUGGGCUCUCUACCAUUUAUCUAUCCCCCGGUUUACAAAAUCCGGCAUCUCUUCACUGUCAAGGCUGCUGUGGUCCCCGCGGCCGGUGUCGCUUUUUUCAUAUGGGCUGUUGUCAGGGCUAAGGGCCUGGGUCCUAUCAUUCACCAACCAGGAUCCAAGUCCGGCUCAGAGCUCGGUUGGCUCAUGAUUCGCGGUAUAAUGAGCGCCAUCGCCAACUUUGCAACUCUAAUUGUAAAUGACCCCGAUUUUGCACGUUUCGCUACGAAGCCAUCAGACGCAUUCCUCCCGCAACUUAUAAGUAUCCCGGUUGGUUUUGUGGUCACCUCCUUCAUUGGCAUUAUCGUAUCUUCAUCGUCCACAGUAAUCUUUGGCCAGGCGAUCUGGAACCCUCUAGACCUGCUCGAGGCCUUCCUCAACGAAGGUGGUUCUGCACAACGAUUUGGCGUUUUCUGCAUUGCUGCAGCCUUCACUCUGGCGCAGCUUGGUACGAACAUUGCCGCCAAUUCUGUUUCUGCUGGCACCGAUCUCACAGCUUUGGUUCCCCGCUGGAUCAGUAUUAGACGAGGAGGAUACAUCUGCGCCCUCAUCGGUCUGGUCAUGUGUCCUUGGAACCUGCUCUCAUCUACCAAUAACUUCACCACUUACCUGUCUGCCUACUCAGUCUUCCUUUCUUCCAUUGCAGGCGUCAUGAUCUGCGACUACUAUUGGGUCCGAAAAGGGUAUUUACAGAUCAAAGAUCUCUACUCUGGUAAAAGGACAGAUCCCUACUAUUACACUUUUGGUUUUCACUGGCGCGGCUAUGCCGCCUACAUUGCCGGCAUCCUGAUCAACGUAGUUGGAUUUGCAGGAGCAAUUGGUCGCGAGGUCCCAGUUGGCGCGAGGCGCAUCUAUGACCUAAACUUCUUCGCUGGCUUCAUCGUCUCUGCCGUCGUGUACAAGAUACUUUGCAUCAUCUCACCGAUUCCGGCAACGAGUGAUAAGUGGUUGGAGGUUGGCAGUGAGAUAAAGGAUGUCUCUGUCGCGUACCAAAUCAACGAGUAUGAUCGAUAUGAUGAGGAGAUGAUGCAAGGUGGUAAUGGGAAGUUGUCGCAAGAUGCGGAUGGCAAGCCAAUUCCUGCGAAGAAAAUUUAG